UGCGGAAAUCCGCAGGCUGUCCUAGGUUUUCCCAAACACCCUCCCUGGUUCUGACAUGAGUGCCGGCUGCCCACCAAGUUGGAGUGCUGGCGGCCAGGACCCGGUGCCCAGAGAGCCCUGAGAAGUAGCCGCUCAGGCCAUUGAGCAGGGUUCCAUGGAAUGCCAGUUUGGGAAGCACAACUCCUCUUUGAAGCCUAACAUACAAAGAGAAUCAAUGUUCCCUUCUUCUAGUUCCAGCUGGUUUGCCAUUGGCCUUGCUUCAAUAGCCGCCGACGCCGGGGGCCACCAUGAACUGGGGGAUCUUCGAGGGGCUCCUGAGCGGGGCCAAUAAGUACUCCACAGCCUUCGGGCGCAUCUGGCUGUCCCUGGUCUUCAUCUUCCGCGUGCUGGUGUACCUGGUGACGGCCGAGCGAGUGUGGAGCAACGACCACAGCGACUUCGACUGUGACACUCGCCAGCCGGGCUGCUCCAACGUGUGCUUCGACGAGUUCUUCCCCGUGUCCCACGUGCGCCUCUGGGCCCUGCAGCUCAUCCUGGUCACGUGCCCCUCGCUGCUCGUGGUCAUGCACGUGGCCUACCGCCAGGCCCGGGAGAAGAAGCACCAAGAGGCCGUCGGGAAGGACGGCGGGCGCCUCUACCUGGACCCCGGCAAGAAGCGGGGAGGGCUCUGGUGGACAUACAUCUGCAGCCUGGUGUUCAAGGCCGGCGUGGAUGCCACAUUCCUCUACGUGUUCCACUCCAUCUACCCCAGAUACACCCUCCCCCGCGUGGUCAAGUGUCACGCGGCCCCGUGUCCCAACGUGGUGGAGUGCUUCAUCUCCAAGCCCGAGGAAAAGAAUAUCUUCACUCUCUUCAUGGUGAUCACAGCCCUCAUCUGCAUCGUCCUCAACCUGGUGGAGCUGGCCUACCUGGUGAGCAAGAGAUGCCGGGAGUGCCUGGCGGCCAGGAAAGCCUGGUCUGAGAGCCUGGACCACCGCCUGGACUGGGUCACCUCUUCUUCCAAACAGGGUGAUCUCCUCUCAGGCGACCUCAUCUUUCUGGGCUCAGAUGUUCCCCCUCCACUCUUACCAGACCACCCUCAAGACCAUGUGAAGAAAACCAUGCUGUGAGGGGCUGCCUGAUCAGGCCUGGGUUGGAAGGACCUGGGAGCCAGGGUGCAGCCUUGGGGGCGGGAGUGCUGAGCUGAGAGUAGGGGCAGCCAAGAGGGAGAGUCAGGUGGCCUGGGUUCAAAUCCUUUCUCCCCAAGUUCCUGCCACCUAUACCAGCUGUGUGACCUUGCGCAAGUUCCCACCUGGAGCUGAACCUCGGUUUCCUUUUGUAUACAAUGGAGAUGAUAAGCCCUGCUGAACAAGGCUGGCGCUGUGAGGAGGGGUUUAAUAAGAGAAUAUUCGUGCACAUGCCUCCAAAGUGUGGGGUCCAUGGUCAGGGCUUAAUAAAAUUCAAUUCAUUCACUGAUACAAGGUGACC